GUUGGUCAACCUGGGUCCUGGGCUGUCAACGUCCUGGACGCUUUGCAGCUAGCACCCCCUGUGCGGACGGGCAGGUGUGAAUCUGUAAAACGUCCGCCAUGGAAUUAGCUCACAGUUUAUUGCUCAACGAGGAAGCGUUGGCUCAGAUCACUGAAGCCAAGAGACCCGUUUUCAUCUUUGAAUGGCUGCGCUUUCUCGAUAAAGUCUUGGUUGCUGCCAACAAGACGGAUGUGAAGGAAAAACAGAAGAAACUUGUUGAACAGUUGACUGGGUUAAUUAGCAGCUCCCCAGGCCCACCCACACGAAAACUGUUAGCUAAGAAUCUUGCAGCCCUAUAUAGCAUCGGGGACACCUUCACCGUCUUUCAGACAUUGGAUAAAUGCAAUGACAUUAUCAGGAGUAAGGAUGACACGGCUGCUUACUUACCAACAAAACUGGCUGCGGUGGCUUGUGUGGGAGCAUUUUAUGAAAAAAUGGGGCGAAUGUUAGGCAGUGCAUUUCCAGAAACGGUCAACAAUCUUCUGAAAUCUCUGAAAAGUGCUGAGUCCCAAGGACGCAGUGAAAUCCUAAUGAGUCUGCAGAAGGUUCUCAACGGCCUGGGAGGGGCGGCUGCUUCCUCCCACCGCGAUAUUUAUAAGAAUGCCCGGUCACUUCUGACUGACCGGUCCAUGGCUGUUCGCUGUGCAGUCGCCAAGUGCCUGUUGGAGCUGCAGAAUGAAGCCGUGUUCAUGUGGACGGCUGAGCUGGAGAACAUCGCCACACUCUGCUUCAAGGCUCUGGAAAACUCCAACUAUGGCGUCCGCGUGGCUGUGUCGCAGCUCUUGGGCACUGUCAUGGCGACAGCAUUAAUGCCCAAGCAAGCAACAGUGAUGCGGCAGAAUGUCAAGCGAGCGACCUUCGACGAAGUCCUGGAACUCAUGGCCACGGGCUUCCUCCGGGGCGGGUCUGGCUUCUUGAAGAGCGGCGGGGAGAUGCUGAAAGUUGGGGGCUCCGUCAACCGGGAAGUCAGAGUCGGCGUCACGCAGGCUUACGUGGUGUUUGUGACAGCCCUGGGCGGGCAGUGGCUGGAGCGGAACUUUGCUGCCUUCUUGUCCCACGUGCUGGACCUGGUGUCGCACCCGCGGGCCACGCAGACACAUGUGGAGGCCGUGUACUCGAGGCGCUGCGUGUCCUUCAUCCUGCGGGCCACCGUGGGCAGCCUGCUGGGCGAGAAGGCCCAGAUUGCUGCUGCCAAGGAGAUUGGCCAGGCCAUCGGGAAGCAGAUGAAGGCGGUGGAAACGGUGAUGAGUGACAUGAGUGGUGAGAACAAGUCUGGGGCCGCCGACAUAGCAGCCAGCCAGCACGUGAUGGUCUGUGCCCUUCAGGAACUGGGGAGCCUGGUGCAGAGCCUGAACGCCACGGCAGCCCCCCUCAUUCAGGAGGCAUCCGUCGGGCUGCUGGAGAUGGUGACAUCCGUGUUGCUGCACCCGAGCAUGGCUGCUCGGCUGGCGGCUGCCUGGUGCCUGCGCUGCGUGGCUGUGGCCCUCCCCUUCCAGCUCACCCCCUUCCUGGACCGGUGCGCUGAGCGCCUCAACAGCCUGAAGAGCUCCCCGGAAGCUGUCAGCGGCUACAGCUUCGCCAUGGCCGCCCUCCUGGGUGGGGUACACCAGUGCCCCCUGGGUAUUCCUCACGCCAAGGGAAAGAUGGUGGUGAGCAUCGCCGAAGACCUGCUGCGCACGGCCGCCCAGAGCACCCGCCUGUCCCUGCAGCGCACCCAGGCCGGCUGGCUGCUCCUCGGAGCCCUGAUGACUCUAGGCCCAUCCGUGGUGCGCUACCACCUGCCCAAGAUGUUGCUGCUGUGGAGGAACGUCUUCCCGCGCUCUCUGAAGGAGCUGGAGGCUGAGAAGGCCCGGGGCGAUUCCUUCACCUGGCAGGUGACUCUGGAAGGCCGAGCUGGCGCCCUGUGCGCCAUGAGGAGCUUUGUGGCCCACUGUCCCGAGCUCCUGACCGAGGACGUCAUCCGGAAGCUUAUGACCCCCAUCGAGUGUGCCAUGACCAUGAUGUCGCACAUCCCAGCAGUGAUCAAGGCCCACGGCGCACACCUGAAGGCGAGCGCCGCGAUGGUUCGGCUGAGGCUCUAUGACAUCCUGGCUCUGCUCCCUCCUAAAACCUAUGAAGGCUCCUUCAACGCCCUCCUCCGAGAGCUGGUGGCAGAAUUCACCCUGACAGACAACUCGGCCAACACCACCACCUCCCUCCUCAGGUCGCUCUGCCACUAUGAUGACAGCGUCCUCCUGGGCUCCUGGCUCCAGGAAACGGACCACAAGUCCAUCGAGGACCAGCUGCAGCCAAACAGUGCAUCAGGUAGUGGCGCCCUAGAGCACGACCCUUCAUCCAUCUACCUUCGAGUUCCGGCGGGGGAAGCCGUGCCAGGCCCGCUGCCCCUGGGUGUGUCCGUCAUCGACGCAUCUGUGGCCCUGUUCGGCGUUGUAUUCCCGCACGUCUCCUAUAAACACCGACUGCAGAUGCUGGAUCACUUUGCCGAGUGUGUCAAACAGGCCAAGGGCGUCCGCCAGCAGGCGGUUCAGCUGAAUAUUUUCACGGCUGUCCUCAGCGCACUAAAGGGCUUAGCCGAAAACAAGAGCACCCUGGGGCCUGAAGAGGUCCGGAAGUCAGCCCUGACACUCGUCAUGGGAGCCCUGGACAACCCGAACCCCAUUCUGCGCUGCGCGGCGGGGGAGGCCCUGGGGCGGAUGGCGCAGGUGGUGGGCGAGGCCACGUUCAUCGCCCGCAUGGCCCAGUACAGCUUCGACAAGUUGAAGUCAGCCCGUGACGUGGUGUCCAGGACAGGCCACUCACUGGCGCUGGGCUGCUUGCACCGCUACGUGGGAGGCAUCGGCUCGGGCCAGCACCUGAAGACGAGUGUCAGCAUCUUACUGGCUUUGGCCCAGGAUGGGACGUCCUCCGAAGUGCAGACAUGGUCGCUUCACUCCCUCGCCCUCAUCGUGGACUCAAGUGGCCCCAUGUACCGUGGCUACGUGGAACCGACCCUGUCGCUGGUCCUGACCUCGCUGCUCACUGUCCCGCCAUCACACACCGAAGUCCACCAGUGUCUGGGGCGCUGCCUGGGCGCCAUCAUUACCACUGUGGGCCCCGAGCUGCAGGGGACUGGGGCAACCAUUGCCACCAUCCGCUCGUCCUGCCUGGUGGGCUGCGCCAUCACCCAGGACCACUCAGACUCGCUGGUGCAGGCCGCCGCCAUCUCCUGCCUCCAGCAACUCCACAUGUUCGCCCCCCGGCACGUCAACCUCUCCAGCCUCGUGCCCAGCCUUUGUGUGCACCUGUGCAGUUCCCACCUGCUGCUCCGACGGGCUGCAGUGGCGUGUCUGCGGCAGCUGGCGCAGCGGGAAGCCGCCGAAGUCUGUGAAUACGCCAUGAGCCUCGCCAGGCACUCGGGGGACAAGGAGGGCAGUAGCGCCAGUGUCAGCCCUUUCACACCCGGAGUCAGUUCCCGGAGCGACAUCCACGGCCGGCACCGAGGCGUCAACAUUACGGAGACAGGGCUCGAGGGCCUCCUCUUCGGCAUGCUGGACCGAGAGACCGACCGGAAGCUUUGCUCCGACAUUCACGACACGUUGGGCCACAUGCUGUCAUCCCUGGCUGUUGAGAAGCUGUCCCACUGGCUCAUGCUCUGCAAAGACGUCCUGGCCGCGUCCAGUGACACGAGCACGGCGGCGCCCGUGAGCAGCGGGAAGGACGAGGAGUCGGAGAAGAAGGACGAGAUGGACGACGACACCAUGUUCACGGCGCUGGGCGAGGAUGACAAGGCCAAGGCCUCGGUGGCACCGCGCUGGGCCACCCGCGUGUUCGCCGCCGACUGUCUGUGCCGCAUCACACACCUGUGCGAGGGCGCCGGUCAAGCCCACUUCGAUCUGGCCCUGGCACGCUCGGCCAAGCUGCGGAACCCCACGAAUGACCUCCUGGUGCUCCACCUCUCGGACCUGAUCCGUAUGGCCUUCAUGGCAGCCACCGACCAUAGCAACCAGCUGCGCAUGGCCGGCCUUCAGGCCCUGGAGGACAUCAUUAAGAAGUUCGCAUCAGUGCCCGAGCCCGAGUUCCCCGGACACGUCAUUCUGGAACAGUAUCAAGCGAACGUGGGUGCCGCUCUCCGACCUGCCUUUUCACAAGACACUCCGUCCGACAUUAUAGCAAAAGCUUGCCAGGUGUGCAGUACGUGGAUUGGCAGCGGGGUCCUGAGCGACCUCAACGACCUUCGCCGGGUGCACAACCUGCUGGUGUCCUCCCUGGACAAAGUGCAGGCCGGGAGAGGGUCUUCGAGCCAGCUGUAUCGUGAGAGCGCCAGCACCAUGGAGAAGCUGGCUGUGCUCAAGGCCUGGGCAGAGGUGAGCUGGGUCUACGUGGUCGCGAUGAAUACCAAAAAAAGCAGCAGAGUCCAAGCUAGAAAGCUGGCAAAAGGCGCUGACGAGGAUGAGGAUGAGGAGGCUGCCCGGGACGAGCUGCCCCCCGAUAGUCUUAUCACCCUGGUCCGGCCCGAGCUGCCCACGCUUAGCCGCCUCUGGCUGGCUGCGCUCCGAGACGCAGCACUGCUGAUGCUCCCCCCGAGUUUUCCAGCCAGCUCCCCUCCGGACGGUGGAGCGUUUUAUACCCCCGAGACCAUCGACACGGCCAGGCUGCACUACCGGAACUCCUGGGCUCCCAUCCUGCAUGCCGUGGCACUCUGGCUUACCAGCACGGGCUUCGCGUGUGCCGAUGAGGCGGCGACUGCCACCACGACAGCGACAGCGACCACAACCACGGGAACACAGAAACGCCCAGGCACGGGCCCGGCCUCGGCAGCAGUGCCGGCUGGGAAAGCCUUGCCAGAAAUCAACCAAGACCGGAUGCACUUGAUCUUGGGUGUGAGUAUCCAGUUCCUCUGCUCCCCGAGGCCCGAGGAGCCAGUGGAGCACAUCACAGCCUGUCUGCAGGCCUUGCACACCCUGCUCGAGGCUCCGUAUGCACGGACCCACAUUGCAGAAGACCAGCUCAUUGGCGUGGAGCUGCUCAGCGUGCUGCACCGCCUCCUGCUGACCUGGAACCCGCCGUCUGUGCAGCUGCUGGUCACGGCCGUGGUGCAGCAGGUGGUCAGGGCCGCCCAGGACUAUUUGCAAGACACACGGAACGCACUGAAUGAAGAGGACACGGAGAAGGAGUCGGGCCCCGUGAUCGGGGAAGGUGGAGACAGUGGAGGACUGGUUCCUGGGAAGUCACUGGUGUUCGCCACGAUGGAGCUGCUCAUGUUCAUCUUGGUACGGCACAUGCCGCAUCUCAGCACCAAGAUGUCUGAGUCGCCGAGCCACAGUGCCCCCCGAGGCCGGCUUUCUGAGGAAAGUGCCCGCCUGGUGGCUGCCUCGGUCUCCAUCCUCUCGGACCUGCCUGCCCUCUGCUCGCCUGCCGGCUGCAUGACGAUCCUGCCCACAAUCCUCUUCUUGAUCGCUCGGAUCUUGAAAGACACAGCUGUGAAGUCAGCAGACAAUCAUGUGCCCCCACCAGUGAGUGCAGCCCUUCAGGGCAUUAAGAAUAUUGUCACCCUCUCCAUGGCCAGGAGCGAGGACACACAGAAGCAGUGGACCGCACUGAUCCGGAGCACGCUGGCGUCCAUCCUGGAACCGAUAGAGGACGAGGCCUCCGCCCCCGACGAGGUCAGCAUGCUCACGGCCAUUGCCCUGUUCCUGUGGUCGGCGGGCAGCGAGGUCAUUGGCGUGCGGAGCCUGCAGACUGGCUGCCUGAGCAGAUUCAAACAGGCGCUCAACUCCUGUGACCCGUGGGUCCAGGCCAAGUGCUACCAGCUCCUGCUGUCGGUCUUCCAGCAUUCCAACCGGGCCCUGUCCACCCCCUACAUCCACGCUCUGGCACCCAUCGUGGUGGAGAAGCUCAAAGCCGUGGAACGGAACCGGCCGGCCACUCCCACGGAGCUGCUGGCGGUCCAGGAAGGAAUCAAAGUUCUGGAAACGUUGGUCGCUCUAGGCGAAGAACAAAACCGGGUGCAGCUCCUGGCCCUCCUGGUACCCACCCUGAUCUCCUACCUGCUGGACGGGGCAGCCUUUGCCGAGGCCGGCGCAGCCUCCAGGAGCCUCCAUGAGUUUGCACUGCAGAAUCUCAUGCGCAUUGGACCCCUGUAUCCCCGCGCCUUCAAGACAGUCAUGGGCGCUGCCCCCGAGCUCAAGUCACGCCUGGAGACAGCUGUGAGGGCCAGUCAGGCCAGCCAGGCCAAGGCCGCCGCCCGGCAGCCCACCCCGGCCGUACACGCCGCCCCCACCAUCAAGCUCAAGACCAGUUUCUUCUGACCUCACUUGUCACUUGUCACUGGCCUCCUCUGGGUGGGGGGCGCCCAGGAGACCCUGAUUGACGUCAUCAUGGGGUCCCUUGGGUUGUCCCAGUUUCUCUCUCUGCCUCAGUGGAAAGACAAGCUUGACUCUUCCAACUCUCCAAGACCAAGCGAUUGUUGUAUAUUUUCUUGUUUGUUGGUUUGUUUGCUUUUAAAUCAUCCUUGCGAUGCUUCUCUGUUAUUAAUUUAUUUCGUGAGCACCUGAGCCAUGCUCCUUAAAUGUUUCUAAAGUCUCCCCCACUUCCCUCCCAUGUGCCUGUCUGUCUGUCCAGUGAGCCACAGCCAUUGGCAAGAAAAAGGGGUCCAUGGGGCUGGAGAGAUAGCACAGCGGAAGGGCAUUUGCCUUGCACGCAGCCAAUCCAGGACAGAUAGUGGCUCAAAUCCUGGCAUCCCAUAU